AUCACCCACGAUGAAGAUCUAUGCACUCUGCGCUUUCCUGCUCCUUGCCAUUGUGGCAGUCCAAGGAUAUCCCGGUAUACACGGCGGAUUUGGACACGGCGGACACGGAGGACUCGGUGGCUUGGGAGGACUUGGCGGCUUAGGAGGACGCGUUGGUUUCGGAGGACCCGGUGGCUAUGGAGGACCCGGUGGCUACGGAGGACUCGGUGGCUACGGCGGACCCGGUAGCUACGGCGGUGGCGGGGGAGGCGCAGUAGCCACUGCCAACGCUAAUGCAAACGCAAACUCAGGUGGUUACAGUCCGGGUGGUUACUACGGAUAAGAAAUGAUGACAUCCGCAGUCCGGAAUCUACAAUUGCUUUAAAAAAUAAACAAACAUUGCUUAAAAACCAA